AGUGCCCUCCAAAACCCAAAAACUUGUUUUGCAUUUUGAUGAGAAGCAAAUGAAGGCAGAGGCAGCAGCAGCAACCUUCAACAAUCCCAUUCGUCCCCUCCCAUCCAAUCUCUUCUCAUCACCCAUUUCCCGCCAAAUCAACUUCCCUUACCAAAGGUGUCUACUUGGUCGAUAUAAUUCCGUCAAAGGCUUGCAGUUGUACAGCAGUGGGUCUCUACAGUAUACUGGUGGUGUAGUUUGUGCUGUCAAUGGAGGUGGGAGAGGGUAUGUAUCUUCGUGGGAUGAGAAACCAUAUGAAUAUCUUCCAACUGGGAGAAAAUCUUACUUGGAUGAGCAAGACAUUGUCACAUUUCUUGACCCUCCUAAGGACUUGAUUCCUCUGGACUCGGCUUCUUACAAUCCCGCUGCAUAUCUUUGGAAAAAAAUUGAUGAUAUUCCUCCGGAAAGGCGUCAUCGACUGCUGCGAUUGCUAGAACCUAGGCUCAUAUCAAGAGCUUGGGAGAUAGCUGGCACAAGAUACGAGGAUCCCAACUUAGCCAAGAGAAGUGCAUCUAAAUUGUUGUCCAAUGAAGAUGGUGCAAUUUCUCUUGAAUAUUAUAAUUGCCGAACAAAUGGAGGACCAAUGCCCAUUUCUUGGAUAAACUCUUUCAAGAAGGCAAUUUUUUCUUGGAAGGACGGGGAGAUUUAUGGACGAUUUAUUGGUGGAUCAUUUGUUACUGGACUUGCAAAUUCCUUUAGUCCUUUGUACUUCGUAGUGAGACAGCUUAAGGAAGUAAUGCCAACUGAACAACCUUGUGAUCUAGCAUAUGAAUUUGGGGAUGGGCUGUUUGAUCUCCAUGAAUACCCAGAGGGUUUUCCAAAACCAGUCAAGCAUCCAUAUCCUUUCAACGAUCAAAUGGUUGUGUAUGUUCGUCAUCUGGGACCGGGUGUUUCAGUAGGGCAAGCAUGGCAAGAAGGAAAAGAAUUACAACAGGUACCACAAAAGUUAUGCAGCGAGAUUCUGAUGGUGAAAGAUUAUUCUGCUCUUAGAGAAAAUGAGUAAUCGUUCUCAUGAGGAUCAUAUUUUAGAAAAGGUGAAAGACUAUGCUGUAAUCAUUUGUAGCUGGGGAGCUCAUGUUGUAAGGUGUUUGGAAAACAAGUACAGAAGGGGUAGGGAUCAGGAGAAGAUCAAUUCCUGUUAGUGUAAGCCAACCGCAAGUGAUUCAAAUUAAUUUGAUCUAUAAAGUGGUUUUUAUCAAA